GCGUCUGAAUUUCAACGAGUAGUUGGUUUCUGUAGGCUAUGUGCUGUGCGCAGCAGAGUUUCGAUGUUUGAUAUUCUUGCUUGCCAACAGAAAUAUACUAACUCGUACAAUAGUUGUUAUUUCUGGCCACCGAGUUUCCCUUUCAAGUGUAGGCGAGAGACAGGGGGCGGUCGAGGGCUGAUGUGCUUGUGUGAGGAUGUGCUCUAGUGUCAGUUGGCGUCUGUGACAAUCGGAAUAGGAUUUGGGUGCUUUUGGAGACAACAUGGUGGGCAGGCAAUAACGUUUGACAGAAGAUGCGACGGGGGCCAUGUGUCUUCAGAUGGCUGGGGAUAAGCAUGGCGCUCCUCUCUCUGACCACCUACAGCUGGGCCCAGAAAACAGAAGACUGGCAGUAUGAGGAAUGUAAACUGUCUAGGUCAGGCCCACCUGCUACCAUAGUGACCAUCGAUGAAGAGAGCCCCAAUGGCACAGUUCUGGUGGAGAAUAUGCAGAUCAACGGGAGAGCAGAGGACCCAGACAGGACCAUCUCUCUGAUCCUGCUUGACAACUAUGCCUACUGGGUCAUCCUGGAUCCCCUCAGACAGAGACUGUUCCUCAACAGCACCGGACGUGUCCUGGACAGAGAUCCCCCCUCCUCUAUCACUACAAUCGUGGUGAAGGUCCAGUGCACCAGUGAGCUGGUUGGGACAGUGAUUCUUCACGAGGUCCGGAUUGUAGUCAGGGACAAAAACGACAACACACCUCGCUUUCAGCAGCCACGCUACUAUGUGGCCGUCAACGAGCUCACUCCUGCCGGGACCACCAUAUUCACAGGCUUCAGUGGAGACAAUGGGGCCACAGACAUCGAUGACGGGCCCAACGGACAGAUAGAAUAUGGCAUCCAGUACAACCCCAACGACCCAGUGUCUAAUACAACUGUGGUUGUAGGGAAUACUCUCUCUGGAAACAUUGUUCUGGCUGAGAGACUAAACUACGAAGAGAAAACACGCUACCUGGUCAUUGUUAAAGCCAAUGACCGUGCCCCCUACGAUGCCAAUAGGCGGACCGCUACGACCACAUUGACAAUAGAUGUUCUGGAUGGAGAUGACCUGGGCCCCAUGUUCCUGCCCUGUGUCCUGGUCAACAACACCCACGACUGUAACCCAGUCACCUACCGAGUCACCAUACCAGAAUUCACCAAACCGAGUGAACUGAACCCGCUGGGGGUGACCCCACCUAUUCGAGCUGUGGACAUGGACAGGAACAUUCAGCCCCCGUCUAAAAGGCCAGGGAUCCAUUACUACAUACUGGUUGGUCAGCCCUCAAAGUACCCAGACUACUUCUCCCUGAACAAGACGACCGCAGAGCUCCUCCUCUUGAGACCAGUCAGCAGAGACCUGUACACCAAAUUUACCCUCAUCAUCAAAGCUGAGCAGGACAACGGCCACCCACUCCCAGCAUACGCUGAACUGAUCAUUGAUGUCCUGGAUGAGAACAACCAGGCUCCAUACUUCCAAUUCCAGUCCUACCAGGGCUACGUCAGCGAGUCCUCCCCAGUAGGCACCACCAUCUCUGCCAGCUCCAACCUCACUGCCCCCUUGGGCAUAAUCGCCCUGGACAAAGACAUUGAAGAGAGUAAAGACCCUCUGGUGACGGUGACUCUGGAUGACUUCAGCACCGUCUUUGCCGUAACCCCGACCGGGAUCACCCGCUACCUCCGACUGCUCAAACCUGUGGACAGAGAGAAGCAGAUGACCUACACCUUCACGAUGAUGGCAUCAGAUGGGGUCCAGGAGAGCACGCGGGUGACUGUCAACAUCCUGGUGAUUGACGCCAAUGACAACACUCCCACCUUCGGUGAAGUCUCCUACAGCGUUAAGGUGUUCACUGACAUGCAGCAAGGAGAAACAGUACUACAGCUGAUGGCAUUGGAUGCUGAUGAGGGGUUAAACGGUCUGGUGACCUAUGAGAUCCUUGCCGGAGCGCAGGGUGUUUUCAUCAUCAAUAACCGCACUGGACGAAUCACCAUCGCACCCGGGAUAGCCCUCAGCGUGGGCCGUUCUUACGCCCUCACAGUGAAGGCUGCGGACAAUGCACCAGAGAUCCAGAGAAGGAGCUCUAUCACCACGGUGUACAUCGAGGUGCUGCCCCCCAACAACCAGAGCCCCCCACGCUUCCCCCUCUUCAUCUACAACCUGGAGGUCAGCGAGGCCAUGCGGAUAGGAGCCAUCCUGCUCAAUCUACAGGCCACGGACAGAGAGAAUGACCCAAUCACAUACCAGAUUUUGAGUGGGGAUAUCCAGCAAGUCUUCAACCUCUCUAAAACGAUAGGCCUGCUGCUUUUGGGGAAGCCUCUGGACAGGGAGACAACUGACCAGUACCGUCUCAUCGUCACUGCCUCUGAUGGCAAUCCAGGCGGGACCUCCACCACCACAGUGAACAUAGUGGUGACUGAUGUAAACGAUAACGACCCUAAGUUUGACCUGACCCUGCCCAGGAACCUCACUGUCCAGGAGGAGAAGGCCAACGUGUUUGUGGGUCAAGUCACGGCCACAGAUCCAGAUGCAGGGGCUAAUGGUCUGGUGCGCUACAGGAUAGUCAACCACCCAGGUCUUUUCACCAUCACCGAGAACGGCAGCAUCUUCACCGUGGUGCCUCUGGACCGAGAGGUCAGGAGUCAGUAUGACCUUAUAGUGGAGGCCUCAGACGGAGCGGUGGACCCCCGCAGGACCACCUUCACCCUCUCUGUCCAGGUGACAGACAUCGAUGACAACAGCCCAGAGUUUUCCCAGAAGACCUACGUGGUCAAUGUCCCAGAGAACAGCCCUGUGGGUACCGUGGUGCUGCGCCUCAGUGCGGUGGAUGCAGACCUGUUCUCUAACGUAACAUACCGUAUCAAAUCUGCGGAGGCCAGGAAGCUUUUCUCGGUGAACCCGAUCACAGGCGAGCUGUUGGUCCUGCAGACGCUGGACUUUGAGGACCUGGCUAGUAUGGGCAUGGGGACCAACUAUACCUUCCAGGUGGAGGCCGUGGACCAGGCAGGGACAAUGCCCCCCGGUGAGGCCACCGUCACUGUUCGGAUCACGGAUAUGAAUGACUUCUCCCCGGUGUUUAGCCAAGCGCUGUACAAAGGCCUGGUGGCCCCCAACGCAGAGAAGGGAACGGUCAUCGCCACUGUGUUCGCUGAGGACCAAGACCCUCCUGGUACUCCAGCCAGUCUGGUGCGUUACAGAGUGGACGAGGACCAAUCACCUUACAGCGGUAGCAUCUUUGACGUGGAGAAGGGAUCUGGGAGGGUCAUCACCAGGGUCAACCUCAACGAACAGCCCAGCGUCACCUUCAAGUUGGUGGUGAUAGCCUUUGACGAUGGAGAGCCAGUGAAGGAGAACCGAACCCUGGUGGAGAUCACUGUCCUCCAGCCCUCCAGGAUCCCCAUCUUCACUCAGGAGGAGUACAGGUUUGCUCCUGUCAGUGAGCUGGCCCCAGUAGGCAGACCAGUGGGCAGCAUCCUGGCAGCCGCCAUGAACCAGACAAUCUUCUACUCCAUCGUAGGAGGAAACGAAGGCGGUGAGUUCCAAGUGAGUAACCGGACAGGUGUUAUCUCCACGGCUAAGCCUCUGGAUUAUGAGACUGUCACCAGCUACGUGCUCAGGGUUCAGGCUGACUCCAUGGUCGUGGUCAUGGCCCAACUGCGGGUUCCCUCUAAAUCCAACACAGCCAAGGUGUUUAUCGAGGUGCGGGAUGAGAACGACCACCCGCCUGUCUUCACCAGAAAGCUCUACAUCGGUGGCGUGGCUGAAGACGCCAAGACCUUCUCCUCUGUUCUGAAGAUAGUGGCCACUGAUGCAGAUACAGGGAACUACAGUGCCAAUGCGUACCGGCUGAUCAUCCCGCCCACGGCAGAUGGUCAGGACAGCUUUGUGAUCGAGCAGUACACGGGCAUCAUCAAGACGGCUAUCAUGUACCGCAACAUGCGCAGGUCCUACUUCAAGUUUGCGGUCAUCGCCACCGACAACUACGGAGAGGGCCUGAGCAGCAGCGCUGAUGUGGUGGUGUCUGUGGUCAACCAGCUGGAUAUGCAGGUGGUGGUGUCCAAUGUCCCGCCCACUGUCGUGGAGGAGAAUAAAGAGCAGCUUAUUGCUAUUCUGGAGCGAUACAUCCAGGACCAGAUCCCAGGGGCUAAGGUGGUGGUGGAAUCCAUUGGGCCGCGGCGGUUCGGAGAUGGCUUUGACCAGGAGGAUUACACCAAGUCAGACCUGAUGGUGUAUGCCAUAGACCCACUGACCAACAGGGCCAUCUCACGUCAGGAGCUCUUUAAGUUUCUGGAUGGGAAGCUGCUGGAUAUCAACAAGGAGUUCCAGCCCUUCCUGGGUCAAGGAGGACGCAUCCUGGAGAUCCGUACGCCCGACAUCGUGGCCAGCGUAAAGAAGGCUGCCCAGGCUGUGGGCUACACAGAGGGGGCGUUGCUCGCCCUCGCCAUCAUCAUCAUCCUCUGUUGCAUCCCCGCCAUCCUCAUCAUCAUGGUCACCUACAAACAAUUCAAAGAGAGACAGGCAGAAUGUGCCAAGACUGCGAGGAUUCAGCAGGCUCUGCCAGCGAGCAAGGCUGCUGCUCCACGUGCCCCAGCAGCCAACAUCUACGGGGAACUAGGGGACAGCAGCACACUGCAGGCUAAAAGGUUUGAGAUCGAUGAAGCCGACCGCCAGAGAUGCCUUAGCAGCUUCGCCUGUCGCGCCAACUCCUCCUGUGGCAACGGGUCGCUGCACAGCAUCCUGCCCAAGUCAGAGAGCAACGUCACCUUUCUGUCAGACCACCACCCCCUGACCACCACUAACCCCCUCUACGACGAAGAAGAAGACGGGAACUUCAGCAGCCCCUAUGGGACGGCGAAAGGGGGCUCUUUCUCCCUCUCUGGAGGGUCCGGGAACGCCUGGACCAUGCGGACUCGUCUCCGUGGAGGGUCAGAGGGGUACGAGUCGCUGAAGAGACAGGCUCUGAUGGACCCGGCCCAGUGGGAGCUGCAGCUACUCCAAGCUGGGAUGAAGGGUCAAGGAAGCCUGGAGGGUUAUGACGUCCAGAGCAGCCGCAGCACAGAGGAGAGCAAGCUGUCUGUCAGGGAGCAGGCCAGGCAGUAUGAACAGCAGGCCAUGCAGGAGAGGACCCCCAGGGGAGGGCGUGACUCCAGGGGCUCCCUGACCUCCCCUCCACUACUGCGGAACCAAGACAACAUUGACAUGCUGGAGCUGAGCGCAGAGACCCUGUUCUCCAUCAUGGACAGCCCCUACAGCCCCCUGUCCAUAGGGAAUGAUGUGCCUCCCCGCAUCAUCAUCACCCAGGGCGAAGGCUCUCCGCCCCUGGCCCAGAGGCCCACCCUGCCUGUCCUCAGGAAAUUCAGCUCCAGCGUCUCCAGCUACAUCACUGCGGAGCCCUGCGAGAUCACUGUGGAGAUCAUCCCUGACCCGCCUGAGAAUCCGCCACCUCCCCCUCCUUCUCCUCAUUCUCCUCCACCUCCUUCUCCUCAUUCUCCUCCACCUCCUCCUCCUUCUCAAACGCCUCGUUCUGGUCCUCCUCCUCCUCCUGCCUCAUCUCCUCCUCCUCCUCCUCCUCCUCCCUCCUUAUCUCCUCCCACUGCACCCUUCAAUCCUCACUUCAUUGAGCCUGAUCAUUCUCCCCCACCCUCUUUCCCUCCAUCUCCCCCUCCUGUUCGGAAUCGUGCUCCUCCGCCACCACCCCCACCCCUCCCCCCUUUCUCCCCCACUUUCGAGCGACCCCGCCACACCGUUCAGUUUGUCCCAACCUCCCUGCCGCCGUUGUCUUCGCUCCGCCCUAUCUCCUCCCGGGCCCAUCCCCCUCCACCUCCCCCCCAACCUGAGGACGGUGUGAAGAGGAAGGAGCUAAAGGGUAUUCUGAAAAACCUCCAGAACCUCGCUGACAUCGAGAAGUCUGUUGCCAACCUCUACAGUCAAGUAGACAAGAAUCGCAAGGUGGCGCGAUUCGGCAAGAAACCCCAAGCAACCGAGGAACCAGAAGGAAUUCGGAGACCAAACAGAUCUGGGUCCCGUGAGGAACCAAACCAGCCAAACCUGACCAGCACGGAACCUGUGGUCCAAACAAACUCAACCACAAACACUAACUCCUCUGAUCUGGAAACAAGCCAACCAAGCACUAACAAUGUGACCUCAGAGGUCCAGGAGACAAGCCAAUCAAACCAGUCAAAUACAGACUCUGUGAUUGAGGAACUAAGCAAUCACUUUCCAUCCCAAUCCACCACCUUCUGACUGGCUGACUUCUCUCCUCCUUAGCUCUAUUUCCUAAUUAAUUUUCUUUCUUUCUACAUCUUUAUGUCUCAUGUUAUGAUCAUGCUGUGUUCUAUUGGAUAUUUUCUGUCUGAUGUUAUUGUACGUGUUGUCAUCAACAACAUAGUUUCUUCCCCUAACAAACUUUUAUAAUGUCAUCACAACUAACAGCAAGUGGGCCCUUAGAUCCCGUAGGUUUUCAGAACUUCUUAAACUGAGGAUUUAAAAAAAUAUAUAUAUUGUCAUGUUCCUAAGUUCAUAACCCUUUGGCCUUUUCUAUGUCACCACCCAUCCUCUAUCUUCACCUCCUGUUCUACCACAUAGAUUCCAUUAAAGUGUUCAAGGCUUGAGAACUAUGUUGAACUGAA